AUGCCAUCGCGUCAAUUGUGGCUGUUCGCCAUUGACAUACCCUGGCAUCCUCCGCUCUCCCCUUCUCCGUGCUUUGAUAGAGAGAGAGGAAAAAAAAGAAGCGCUUCCCUCAUUGGCUGUGCGUCCGUGCGUGUAGUGGCACACCGACGCCCCAAUGCAGCGGCUGUAUCUGCGGGUACCGACACCUCAUUUCCACACCAUACCCGUGGCACACGCCCUUCACUGCUAAUCAGCUGCCCUGCAGUGUACCCUUCCAGUAGUGGCACCCCCCUUGCGUGUGUGCGUGUAGACCAGCUCGAGGGCAACACCCGCAGUACAUCGCAGAUGUCCCGCGCCAAUGUCUUUGGACCGAACUCACUCUACUCCUUCACGAAGUUUGGAGCUCUGAACCGCAGCAAUGGUGUCGUGCUGAGCAAACGCAUGAAGGACACCUUCCGACUGGAGAACCAGAAGCACAUGCGCAAGGACUUUAACCGCGAGCGGCGUUACCGCCUGUGCAAACGGUGCGGCAUCACGUCUGUUACAGUGAAUUUUGACCAGGUUCCAUCAGCACGCGUGGGACUCUGGGGUCGAUGUGUCGAUGACAAAGACUACACUCACCACCGCUUCGCCGAACUAUCGCAGCGCGAGUAUGAGCAGCUGCGUGACUGGCCACUCGACAAGCGACUGAACUGGUGGCGAUAUGAAGGCAAUGAGUGA